AAUCUGACUUCCCUUUCGGAUCCGCCAUCUGCGGUGGAACCGCCGCCAAGAUGCAGAUUUUCGUGAAGACCCUGACGGGGAAGACCAUCACUCUCGAGGUCGAACCCUCGGAUACAAUAGAAAAUGUAAAGGCCAAGAUCCAGGAUAAGGAAGGAAUUCCUCCUGACCAGCAAAGACUGAUCUUUGCUGGCAAGCAACUGGAAGAUGGACGUACUUUGUCUGACUACAACAUUCAAAAGGAGUCCACUCUUCAUCUAGUGUUGAGACUUCGUGGUGGUGCUAAGAAAAGGAAGAAGAAGUCUUACACCACUCCCAAGAAGAACAAGCAUAAGAGAAAGAAGGUUAAAUUGGCUGUUCUGAAAUACUAUAAGGUGGAUGAGAAUGGCAAAAUCAGUCGCCUUCGCCGAGAGUGUCCCUCAGAUGAAUGUGGUGCUGGAGUUUUUAUGGCCAGUCACUUCGACAGACAUUACUGUGGCAAAUGUUGUCUGACCUAUUGUUUCAACAAACCAGAAGACAAGUAAUUGUAUAUUGGUUAAUAAAGAUAUGAGCUAACA